GCACCCUGCGAUCUCGCAAUAACACGAAUAAUGCAGGACACUACCCUCCUCGUCAUCCCCGCUGUUGCAGCAUCAAUUUCGGCGCUUGCGAACCCAGACAUUGCCCCGCCCACUCACGUCCACGGCGGUGACCAGCUGCUUGAUGACGGUUUGGCUAUCGACCUAGGCGCACCCAUCACCAUGGACUUACCCAACCUCACCUCACCCACUUUCCAGAUUCCAACGAUUGACAUUGCUGCACUUCCGACAGUUUACCCGCCGACGUUCGACGUACCGACGUUCGACGUACCGACGUUCGACGUACCGACGUUCGACGUACCGACGUUCGACCUACCAACAGUUCACUGGCACAACGGGCUUGGAAGGCAGACAGCCAGCAUCGCGAUGGUUGUUGGAGCGGCGGCGGCGGUAGUCCUAGCAGUGUGGUAG